AUGGCACUCCUGGUGGUCGUGAUCCUGGCCCUUUGCUGCCUUGGUGGCCUCACAGCCCCGACUCCCACGCCCAUGUCGGUGGCCAUCAGGGAGCUCAUCAAGGAGCUGGGCAACAUCACGCAGGACCAGAAGACGCCUCUCUGCAAUGGCAGCAUGGUGUGGAGCGCUAACCUGACCGCCGGCGGGUACUGCGAAGCCCGGGCGGCCCUGACCAACACCACCAGCUGUAGCGCCGUCCUCAAGAUCCAGAAGAUGCUCAACGGACUCUGCGCACACUCCGCCUCCACCGGGCGGGUCCCCAGCCUCCGAGACACCAAGAUCGAAGUGGCCCGGUUCAUGGAGAACCUGCUCAGAUAUUCACAGCAGCUCUACCGCAGCGGGAGGUUCCAGCCCUGA